AUGAAGUUUAAGUGUUUUUAUGACAACGCUGUCCUUCUUUCAGGGACCCACGUUAUGGAGGGGUCAGGACGUAUGGUGGUGACUGCAGUUGGUGUCAACUCGCAGACUGGAAUCAUCUUUACCCUUCUUGGGGCUGGUGUUGAGGAAGAGGAGAAGAAAGAGAAGAAAGGAGAGGCAGUGGAAGAUGGACAUCAGAACACAGACUGCUCCCAUCCCCCAAACCACCCCAUUGCAACUAUAGCCACGGAUGGGGCUGCAGGCAUUAAUGCCCCUGGCACUGCCAGCCUAAUUAAUGGUAAAAUGCAAGAUGGCAAUAUGGAGAGCAACCAGAUUAAAGUGAAGAAGCCGGAUGGAGCAGCUGCCAUGGAAAUGCAACCUCUGAAGAGUGCUGAAGGCGGGGAGGCCGACGAGAAGGAGCGGAAAAAGGUGUCGGCUCCAAAGAAAGAGAAGUCUGUGCUCCAGGGGAAGCUGACCAAACUAGCUGUCCAGAUCGGCAAAGCAGGUUUGCUCAUGUCAGCCAUUACUGUAAUCAUCUUGGUCCUGUAUUUUGCCAUCAACAACUUUGUGUUGGAGAAGCGUCCUUGGAUGACAGAGUGCACUCCAAUCUACAUCCAGUACUUUGUGAAGUUUUUCAUCAUCGGUGUGACUGUGUUGGUGGUGGCUGUGCCAGAGGGUCUCCCACUGGCUGUGACCAUAUCCUUGGCAUACUCAGUCAAGAAAAUGAUGAAAGACAACAACCUUGUGCGUCACCUGGAUGCUUGUGAAACAAUGGGCAAUGCAACCGCCAUCUGCUCCGACAAGACAGGCACGCUAACCACCAACCGCAUGACAGCCGUGCAGUGUUAUGUAGGAGAUGUGCACUACAAAGAAAUUCCAGACCCUGGUGUAAUCCCACCCAAAUCCCUGGAUUUACUGAUCAAUGCCAUUUCUAUCAACAGCGCCUACACCACAAAGAUACUGCCCCCAGAUAAGGAAGGUGGUCUGCCCAAGCAAGUUGGAAACAAGACUGAGUGCGGACUCUUGGGAUUGGUCCUGGACCUGAAACGGGACUACCAGCCAAUCAGAAACCAGAUCCCAGAGGAGAAGCUUUAUAAAGUCUACACCUUCAACUCUGUCAGAAAAUCGAUGAGCACUGUAAUCAAACUUCCUGAAGGGAGCUUCCGAAUGUACAGCAAGGGAGCCUCUGAAAUUGUUCUCAAGAAAUGCAGUCACAUUCUGAAUGAAGUUGGUGAGCCCAGAGUUUUCCGGCCUAGAGACAAGGAUGAGAUGGUGAAGAAGGUGAUUGAGCCCAUGGCCUGUAACGGCCUGAGGACCAUCUGUGUGGCGUACCGUGACUUUGCCAGUGAUCCUGAGCCCAAAUGGGAUGAUGAGAACAACAUCCUCACUGACCUUACAGCCAUCUGCGUUGUGGGAAUCGAGGAUCCUGUCAGACCAGAGGUUCCCGAUGCUAUUCAGAAGUGUCAGCGUGCAGGCAUCACUGUGCGCAUGGUGACAGGUGACAACAUAAACACGGCCAGAGCCAUAGCCAUCAAGUGUGGGAUCAUCCAUCCAGGAGAGGAUUUCCUCUGCAUUGAUGGCAAAGAGUUCAACCGGAGGAUCCGUAAUGAGAAAGGCGAGGUGGAGCAGGAGCGUAUUGACAAGGUGUGGCCUAAACUCCGGGUCCUGGCCAGAUCAUCCCCAACAGAUAAACACACACUUGUCAAAGGAAUUAUUGACAGCACUAUGGCAGAUCAGAGGCAGGUGGUUGCUGUGACAGGAGAUGGCACCAACGACGGACCUGCCUUAAAGAAAGCUGAUGUCGGGUUUGCGAUGGGUAUCGCUGGAACAGACGUGGCUAAAGAAGCUUCAGACAUUAUUCUCACUGAUGAUAACUUCAGCAGCAUCGUCAAGGCAGUGAUGUGGGGCCGGAAUGUGUAUGACAGCAUUUCCAAGUUUCUUCAGUUCCAGCUUACUGUCAAUGUCGUGGCCGUCAUCGUUGCUUUCACUGGAGCCUGCAUCACACAGGACUCUCCACUUAAAGCGGUGCAGAUGUUGUGGGUUAACCUGAUUAUGGAUACUUUUGCGUCUCUGGCCUUGGCGACGGAGCCCCCCACAGAGGCCCUGUUGAGGAGAAAACCGUAUGGUCGAAAUAAGCCUCUUAUCUCCAGCACUAUGACCAAGAACAUCCUGGGACACGCCGUCUAUCAGCUCAUUCUCAUCUUCACGCUCCUGUUUGCUGGUGAGAAAAUCUUUGACAUCGACAGUGGCCGUAACGCUCCUCUCCAUUCUCCGCCGUCCGAGCACUACACCAUCAUAUUCAACACAUUUGUAAUGAUGCAGCUGUUUAAUGAGAUAAAUGCUCGGAAAAUACACGGAGAGAGGAACGUGUUUGACGGGAUCUUCAGAAACCCAAUUUUCUGCUCCAUCGUUUUUGGCACCUUUGCUAUACAGAUUGUGAUUGUGCAGUUUGGAGGAAAGCCAUUCAGCUGUCAACCUCUGAGCCUGGAAAAGUGGUUGUGGUGUGUUUUUCUGGGGCUGGGAGAACUGGUCUGGGGACAGGUGAUUGUCACCAUACCCAACAGCCACCUGCGUUUCCUGCGUCGGGCGGGCCAGUUGACUCACAAAGAUGAGCUGCCAGAGGAAGACGUAAACGAAGAGAAUGAGGAGAUUGACCACGCAGAGAGGGAGUUACGGAGAGGUCAAAUACUUUGGUUCAGAGGUUUAAACCGCAUCCAGACUCAGAUUCGAGUUGUGAAUGCAUUCCGUAGCUCCCUCUAUGAAGGCCUGGAAAAACCCGACUCCAGAACAUCCAUACACAACUUCAUGACACACCCCGAGUUUAGGAUAGACGACUCCACGCCCAGCAUCCCCCUCAUCGACGACACAGAUGAUGAUUCGGCCCGGAGGAGGACGAAGUACUCCAGCCAGCCUUCGUCUCCUAACAAGAACAACAACGCCAUUGAUAGUGGCAUCAACCUUACCAUCGACAUCAGUAAAUCUGCCGCCUCCUCCAGCCCCGCCAGCCCUCUCCACAGCCUGGAGACCAGCCUCUAACCCCCGUCCUGAACGCCGCUCUGACCACUCAUGUUGUUCCCUCAUGGUCCCGGAGCGCCUCGUCCGGCUCUCCCGUUAUUUGUUACUUCUACCACUACUUGACACAUGGCCACUCAGUCCUCACCUUUCCCCUCCACCCAGCGCACCGUGUUUCACCACCGACACAGAUCUGGUCCAUCUCCCCCCCCCCCCCCUCCCCCGCCCC